CCGUAGUGCCUGAGCCUUCCCCGCCACCUCUUGGAUGCGCAGCCUUGUUUCUACCUCAUUCUAAUUCAGGCUAUCGUUGGGUACGUCCAUAACGUCCUUCUCUCAACAAGACUAUCACAACCAUAGUAACGUUCGACGAUAUCGUUCAAAAUGAUAGUCUCCAAACUCAGCGACAGAUUUACGUUCCCUCCCAACUUCCUCAGUUCAAUGCCAUUAGGCGCCACCUGCAUCGUCCUCUUGAUUGGCAUUUUUCUUCUCGUAUUCCGACUAUGGGCUUUCACCAUCAAACCGUGGCUGAAUCCCCAACAGCCUCGCGAGCUUCCGUACUGGAUACCAUAUGUGGGACAUACAGUGAGGUACAUCCGAAGCGGACAUGAUGUUCUUUUACGCGCACGGGCCCAUCUCAAGAACAAACGAGAGCCAUUUGCCAUCACGCUCAUAACCAGAAAGAUGUAUUUUAUCGUCGAUCCGGCGGACGCAGCUGAAGUGUACAAAAACGCCGCCUCCUUCGCCUUUGACAGAGUCGUGCAACAGCUCCAACGCACAUUCGGCAUUUCGGAAGGGACGAUGAUGGCCACGUGGGGCUCCUCUAAAGAGAACGAUAGCAAAAGUGGCUCAAGCAAAGCGCGAGACAAGAAUCUAGGAGAACUGAGUAUGGAGUUUUGGAGGACGCAACUGGUACGUCAGGAAGGAUACAGCGACAUCGAGAGCAAACUGUUCCAGCACGUCAGCGCCAUACUAGACCAGCAAGUCUCCCGUGCCGAAGCUACUGGUGGAGAAAUAAGUCUGUCGAAGUUGACUACCGAGGUCAUAAUAGGGGCAGCCCUACGCGCGUUUUUUGGGGAGUCGUUGCUCGAGAUGCAGCCUGACUUAGUAGAGACCUACGUUGCAUUCGACAAGGAGAGUUGGAAGCUAUGGUUCAGGUGGCCAUUUUCCAAGUCAAUGUACGCGAAGAAGGCGGCAGUGGAGGAUUCGUUGAGGAAGUGGAUUACGCUUCCGCAAGAGCGGAGGCUAGGGAGGAGUUAUAUUGUCAAGAUGGUCGAGCAGACGCAGCGGGCGCUGGGAACGCCGGACCCUGACCUCGCGAAGAUUAUGAAUCUCCUGGUAUAUGUAGUCAACGCGAACACGCACAAACCCUGUUAUUGGGCCCUCGUCCAUCUGCUUAACACGCCAUCACUUCUUUCCACCAUCCAAGAUGAGACCGCGCCAGCGUUCUUAGAAGAUGGAACGCCGAACUUGUCGUAUUUACGAGAGUCGACACCCUGGACUUCAGGUCUCUUUCACGAAGCCCUACGAUACUACAGCGCGAGCGCUUCCAUCCGCGUCGCCACCUGCCCUACCUUCGUCUCUGGCAAGCUCAUCCCCGCAAACUCGGUCGUCUUCUUACCAUUUCGACCGCAGCAUUACGAUGCCUGCAUUUUUGGUAACGACGUCGACUCCUUCGCCCCGGGGCGGUUUGUCAAGGACAAGAGGUUGUCUAAUAGCCCCAAGUUUCGUGCCUUCAGUGGCGGGAGCUCUUAUUGUCCGGGUCGAGUGGUGGCUAGGCAGGAGUGCGCCAUUUUCAUUGCAUUGCUGUUGCGGAAGUACAAGGUUGAGGUGGUCAAUCCCGGGAUUCCAGAGCGGGACUUUAGGACACCCACAAAAGGGUUCGUGUCGCCAAAGGCAGGAGAAGAUGUGAUUCUAAGGCUAGGUAAGAAGACAUCUUCGACUUAACAACUAGAGUAACCGCCGAUUAUAUAAAUGCUCUCUCACCGGCACAUAACACAAGCACGUCUUUUCCCUCCCCGUUUUUUUCUUCCGCCGAAAUAGAAUCCGGCUGAAGACCGGAUACGAAGGUGAACUUGA